GACAUUAAUCAUUCUAAAGGUUAAAACAACUAUUCGUUUUUGUCUUUUGGGAAAUGAACGUUUUUGCUGCAAUUGUGGAGCAGGGGCAUCUACAGAUAUGGCACAAGGCAACCACGCGCUUCUGCCAGUGAAUCAAUCACGUCUAUCCACUUGUCAAUCCAUCCAACGGUCCUAAUGGUCUGCAGUCCACUCAGCUUUUUGUAUAUGUAUAGGGUUCAUUUCCCCUUCCUAUCAUCAGUCAUAACCACCACACACUGAAUUUUCUCCCUCUCCUCCUCUGUUUCAAGUAACCCUAAUUUGCACCAUGCUUCUCAAGGUGGCACCAGCUUUUUCUUUGUUGAACACCCCUACCCAUGGGGAAAAUCUCUUUUGCCUGGAGAGUUUUUCUGCCAAAAGUGGAAAGGGCUUCAUGGUUUGUGCUUCAAAGGCCACCAACCACAAACCCUUGACCGGUGUUGUCUUUGAGCCUUUUGAGGAGUUGAAGAGAGAGUUUACGCUUGUACCCACUGUUCCCCAAGACUCUCUUGCUCGCCAGAAGUACUCCGAUGACUGCGAAGCCGCUAUUAAUGAACAGAUCAAUGUGGAAUACAAUGUUUCCUACGUUUAUCAUGCCAUGUUUGCCUAUUUCGAUCGAGACAACGUUGCUCUCAAGGGUCUCGCCAAAUUUUUCAAGGAAUCUAGUGAAGAGGAAAGGGAACACGCUGAGAAAUUUAUGGAAUACCAGAACAAGCGCGGUGGGAAGGUGAAGCUGCAGUCUAUCUUGAUGCCACUAACGGAGUUUGAUCAUGCUGAGAAGGGGGAUGCAUUAUAUGCAAUGGAGCUCGCCCUGUCCCUGGAGAAGUUGACGAACGAAAAGCUUCUAAACGUGCAUGCUGUAGCUUCACGAAACAAUGAUGUGCAAUUGGCUGAUUUUGUUGAAAGUGAGUUCUUGGGAGAACAGGUGGAAGCUAUCAAGAAGAUCUCAGAAUAUGUUGCUCAGUUGAGAAGAGUUGGCCAAGGACAUGGUGUCUGGCAUUUCGACCAGAUGCUGCUGCAAGAGGGAGCUGCUGCUUGAAGGAGAAGAUAGAAUUUUUCUUUCCAAUUGUAUUUUGCCAUUGUUAUUUGGGUAAAUUUGGAUAUUUGAAUGGGCUAUCUGAGAUUACGGGCCUCGUAUUAUUAGUAGACUAUUAGCAAGUGCAUAUAAGACUGGCCUAAUAGAUUGAUCUAGUCAGCUGUGCUAUUGUUUACUUACUAGUUAUCUAGUAUGCUACAUCUAUGCUAGUCUUCGGGCUAUUGCUUGCUACUUCUAUCAAAUUUAAGUAAAUCUCCUAUUGUUUCAA